AUGCCCCGUCUUCGCGAUCCAGCGGAAUAUGUAUCGAAAGCAAAACAUAGAUGGGCCGGUCACAUCAUGAGAAGAAUCGACGAUAGAUGGACUAAAAGAACGCUAGAGUGGAUCCCAAGGGGCGCUAAACGCUCCCGAGGGAGACCGCCAACGAGAUGGGGUGACGUGUUCGCUACACGGAUGGACCAGCUGAGAGCUCAGCUGGAUACGGCUCAAGGACCUCGUCAAUGUCGGUCACGAAGCUUGAGAACAUCUUGGAUGACAAUGGGCAAACAAGAAUCGAAAGAUUUCAUAGUUUUCAUUCUAAACGCGCCAGUUCUACAUUUGGAGAACAUUCAAACUUCACAUUUAAGCACUCCUUCGAUACCAAUGUAA